AUGAAUAAAUUUUAUAUUAAAAUUGUUUUAUUUUUUUUAAGUGUGUCUUUAUAUGUGAAUAAUAAAGUCCUUGCAGCUGAACCUGCUCGAGAAAUAGAUACACCAUCCGAAGAAAUAGAUCGUUGUCUUACCCCAGAAGAAAUAUUUGUAAUCCACCAACAUUUAUUAUGUACCAAUCCAGAAGAAACUAAACAAGCACGGAAGCUUAUGGACGAAGCUGUAAAACAUUUAGAACACCAUGCUACAAGUACAGAUGGUUAUGAAUAUUAUCCAACAAAACUUCAUUAUCGUAUGAUGUCAUAUAAAAAAAAACUUGAAAAUAAAACAAAUAUUAUAAAAGUUAAUUUUAGAGUACAUAAACUCGAUGAGUAUUAUGAUAUAAUAUACACUAUGUGGGAUCCCAAUGGUGACCAUAUUUUCAAUUUUGGAGUCAAUAAAAUUGCCCGUGUGUACGAUCCAAGUUUAGUAAUUAUACAACGUCGUUACGACAAAAAAUUUCUAUCCCGUCGGAAAUAUUUUUAUGCUCUAGUCAAAAGAGCUCGAAUAUCGGAAAACAAAACUAUAAUUGUCAUGACCUCAGCAAAUAUAAAUGAUCAUAAUAUUUCGGGUAAAACAUAUAAAAACACAAUAAUAGAAAACGCAAAUUUAUUCACAACUGACAUUGAUUCGGAAGAUGAUAUUAAAAAAGGGAAAUUGACAAAAACGUUUGUUAAUAUAGCUGGAUGCAUUAUUGAAAACAAUGGCAGAUAUAUUAAUGUCACCUAUAUCGAAUCUAUUAAUGGAUAUUCUUCCAUUUAG